AUGGGAACCACUGUUCUCGGAAAACGUUCCAGAAAUUCGUGGACGGAAGAAAUCGCGUCUUCUCAACCACUACGAAAGCGGACGACUAGGAGAUCAAACCCACAGAUUUAUGAAGAUGCAGCAGCAAUUGCAGCUCAAAUCCCGGCGCAUGCUGUCGCGAAAUCUGUCUCUGUUCGAUCCUCAAAAUCGAGCGCCUUGAGCCCCAAAUCGCGGCCAACCUCGACAUUUGAACGCGUCAACAUUGAGCUUCCUGAUGUACCCUCUUCAAUACCUGAAUACAAUGAAAAUUGUCCACCUGUCGGAGCAUCGGCCUCGACACCCUCGACCAUCAGAUUUAAAAAUGUUCUCGACGGAACCCCCAGCACUCCUAAGCGCCGAGUCCGGCUUUUAGGGGGGCUGUUCACUCCACAAACUCCAAGAACGUACGAUGCUACAGCUUCACGAUCGGAAAAUGUCUACACGCGUGCAAGACAGCUGUUCGCCCAAUCGACCUCACCAUCCAAGCUAAUCGGACGUGACAUCGAGAGGCAGCAGGUCAGAAAUUGCUUGAACAACGCAAAAUCCACGCGAUGCGGAGGCUGUACAUACAUCAGUGGCCCGCCUGGAACCGGCAAGAGUGCCUUGGUGCAUGAGGUUCUUGAGGAUUUUAAAGAAGAUCCAGCAUUUUGCGUUUCAGUCAUCAAUUGCGUGAGCUUGAGAACAGCAGCACAAGUGUAUGGCAAGCUGGUAGAAGACUUCUGCUCAACCUCUUCGACUAAAUCCACCCCCGAAGUACGAUUGAGACGACUAUUUACAAGCAAGUCCGGAAAGACCAACCACGUGGUAAUGCUCGACGAGAUUGACAGCCUCGUUGAUGCAGAAUGCGAAGUCCUCUACAACCUCUUCGACUGGGCAUUACAUCCCAGUUCUUCUUUGACUCUCAUUGGCAUUGCGAACGCUUUGGACCUCACUGAUCGAUUUCUGCCUCGGUUGAAAUCCAAAGGUCUUAAGCCUCAACUUCUGCCGUUCACACCGUACACUUCUCAACAAAUAUCGACUAUUAUUACGGACAAACUCAGGACAUUAUUACCGAAAGACACAACAGUUGCAACAGAUUUCGUGCCUUGCAUACACCCUGCGGCUGUUCAGCUUUGUGGGAAGAAGAUUGCAUCGCAAACAGGAGAUCUAAGAAAAGCGUUUAACUUGAUACGGAAAGCAAUCGACCAAGUUGAGAAAGAAUGCCUAGCGAAGCAGGCACAAGACAGUCCAAGCAAAAGAGCAUUGACCGAGGUCGUGAAUGUGUCUAAAGAAGCCGGAAUCUCAGCAAAGACGCCUCGCCAGUGUCAAUUAAGCUUCACUGCGGAAAACGCACCACGAGCAAGCAUUGCACACAUGGCCAAGCUUGCGUCAAGUAUCUUUAACAACGGCACCUCGUCAAGGUUAGCUGGUCUGAACUUGCAACAGAAAGCUGUUCUCUGCUCGAUAAUCAGCAAAGAGAGCAGACGUCAGCAGCGUGAUCCGUACAUAACUCCUACUAAGAGUACGAACAAGGCGCCAACGGUUGGGGAGCUUUUCACAAAGUACACUUUGUUGUGUAGAAGAGAUGACGGCAUUCUGCAACCACUCAAAGACACAGAGUUUCGCGACGUUGUCGCAAGCCUGGAAACCUUAGGUCUUGUACACGAGUCCAAGGCAAGGUCUUCCGGCCUUUUGACUCCGUCUUCGUCAUCACGUAAUCGCGAAAUGCAUAACGAUCGAGCAAUAGCCAGUGUGGUUGCAGAGAAGGAGAUGCGUGAAAGUUUGGUCGGGGCUGGUGCUGAUCUGCUCAAGCGGCUACUAGAUGAAGCUUGA